UUCUUUAUACAAGUUUACCUUAAAACUGUAACAUCAUGGGAACUAACACUCCUCCUAAUAUUUCUGCACGAAUAUUUUACGGAUUAAGAACCGACAUUCAGUACAAUGCUCACUAUAUGACAGAUUCGGAGAUUAUCUACCCCGCAGGCGGUGUAAUUGUGAUUCACAAUCACAUUCAGAAAAAACAAAAGUUUAUUCGACUUCAAGACAAGCACAAACCAAUUAAAUCUAUAGUGUUAGCACCUAACAGACGUUGGUUGGCUUUGAAUGAAAUCUCUGAAGAGGGUCAAAAGCCAAUAAUAACAAUAUAUGAUCUUACCACUUACAAGAGACGUAAAAUACUUACCGUUCCUUUCGAAAAUUCAACGGCUCGUGAGUUCGCAUGUAUCCAAUUCACAUACGACUCGAAAUAUUUAGUGGCAAUCACUGGCGAACCGGACUGGUAUCUGUAUUAUUAUAACUGGGACAAGGGAAAAGUUGAGAGUCAUGCCAAAGCUCAAAAUCCUAGCGGCCAGGGAAUCGUCGAGAGCGUACAAUGUAAUCCGUCCGACGCAACGCUUGUGGUUAUAACAGGGCCAUAUACUUUUCGUAUAAUGAAUGUUUCUGAAACUGUAUGGCGUCAAUGGGGCUGGUGUAAAGCUGAAAAUAUUAACAUUACCAGUUGUAUGUGGUUAACAUCUGAUCGCAUUAUGUUCGGAACGGAUAACGGAACCAUUAUGGUAGUAGAAAACGGCGAUUUGCGUCAAAAUUGUAUAUUUCGGGCCGCUGAUGUUACAGAAAUGUCACUAAAGAAAAUCGAAGCAGAGUCAGGUGAAGGUGAAAAAUCAAGUUCAACCAGUGCUGAAGGUGCUGCAAGUGAGACAGGGAUAGUCGAAACUGAAAACUACCCCGUCACGUGUUUGAUAAACUUUUCUAAAGGAUUCGCUUAUGCAUGUGGACAAGGCUAUGUACAUAUGUUUGAGAAGGAGACUCCACAUAAUUGGCGUAAAAGGAAUUUAUUUCGAAUCUCGAAAAAAUCGUACAAGCACACCCGAGAACACCCAUUGUGGUCACCACUCGAUGCUAUUCAGCACAUAACAAUAGAUCCUAAUCAAGAAACACUUCUUAUUACAACUCUCAGGAAACAACUGUACUACGUCAAAUUGUUUGGACAACACAUGCUUCAGAACCCAGAAAUAGCAUUUACAGAAUUAGGUCCAGCGAUGCAUUAUGGUCGAAUAAAUUCCCUAUCGAUGUGCGCUUGGAAACCAAUAUUCAUGACGUCUGGUGAACAGGACAAGAGCAUACGAAUAUGGAACUACAUGACAGAUGACGUGGAAUUAAUUAAAUUGUAUCAAGAAGAGAUACAUUGUGUUUCUUUACAUCCUACUGGGCUUUUUGCUAUAGUGGGAUUCUCAGAUAAGUUGCGAUUCAUGGUGGUUCUAAUAGAUGAUUUUGAAGUUAUGCGAGAAUUUCCAAUUCGUAAUUGUAAACGUGCACAAUUUAGCACAAAUGGCCAUCUUUUCGCAGCCGUUAAUGGUCAAGUUAUACAAGUGUUUUCAUCCGUUUCUUUUCAAAAUGUUUUUAAUUUGAAAGGGCAUAAUGGAAAGAUUACAAGUUUGGCAUGGUCUGCUCAAGAUUUGACUUUAGUAUCAUGUGGCUCAGAAGGAGCUGUAUACGAAUGGAAUAUGUCUUCAGGACAACGAGUUGGUGAAGUUAUACUUAAAACCAACCAAUUUAAUGCAUGUGCAGUAAAUAGCAAUGGAAAAACUACAUACGGCGUCGGAAGCGAUGGAGAAAUUAAAGAAAUUGGAUCGAACACAAUCCGUAGAAAUUUAGGGUUAAUUGGAUGCGCUUUAGAUACCAUCUUACUGUCACGUUCCGAUUUAAUGUUGUUCAUAACUGGUGGUGAAGGUGGUGUCACUGCCGUACAACUACCACUAUUAGAUAAAGCUAUUUUUAAUGAAUUUCAUAUGCACAAUAAAAAAGUAACUGGCAUCGCUUUAUCGUAUGAUGACCAAACUUUAGUGUCAGUGUCUGACGACUCUUCUAUCUGUUUAUGGAGACUGACUAAUGCUGACGGACGAGCUAUAGCUCUUGAUAAAGAUUUUGCAUAUUCUAAAGAGAUUUUAAUAAGUAAGAAAGACUUACAAGAAAAAAUCAAUAGCAUAAACCUACUGAGUACAAGAAUGAGUGAACUGGAAACUGAACAUACUUAUCAGCUGCGUCAGGCCGAAGCUGCUCAAGCCGAGAAAUUAAAAGAAGUACAUGAAGGAUAUUGUGCGGCUAUUGAAGAACUCAAAGAAAAAAAUGAGCAAAUGGAAAACGAACACACUCAUGAAAUUGGAAUGAUACAACAAGACAUAGCAAAAUUGCGAUCAGGCCAUGAGAGAACCCUUCAAGCCUUAGAAGCUGAUUUUAAUAUAAGACUCAUAAGUGAAUAUGAUCGAUAUCAGAGCCUUGAAGAUAAAACAGCACGCAUGAGAAAAGAUUAUGAACAACGAUUAGAAGAUCUAGCAGAAAGUAAGCGACUAGCUCUGAGGCAAAUAAAUGAUAUGUUUGAAGCGAGAUUAGAAGAGAAAGACCUAGUUCUACAAGAGUUACAAGAACAAGCUGACAUGGAAAAGAGAGAACAUGAAACAAUAAAAACAUCUAUUGAGGAAGAUGCUGAUCGCGAAAUAAUCGAAAUAAGAACUGCCUAUGAAGUGCAACUAAAGGAAGAAAAGGAUGCCAACGUAAGAUUAAAAGGAGAAACCGGGCUGAUGAAGAAAAAACUUAUAUCUGCUAACAAAGAAAUCGAUGAAUUCAAGCACCAAGUAUCUCAACUUAAGGCUGAACAUAAACAGUUCCAAAAAGUGAUAUCUACACUUGAGCGGGACGUAGCAGAUUUGAAAAAAGAAAUAUCGGAAAGAGAUGGCACUAUUCAAGAUAAAGAGAAGAGAAUAUAUGAAUUGAAGAGAAAAAAACAGGAAUUGGAGAAAUAUAAAUUCGUGUUGAAUUUCAAGAUAACCGAAUUGAAAAAUCAGAUAGAGCCAUUAGAACGCGAUAUUAAAAUGAAAAAGAUACGUAUUCUAGAGCUGGAAGUAUCUUUAGAAACACUUCUAAAGCAAAAAGAUUUUCGCGAACUAAAGAUCAGUCAGUUAAACGAGAAGUUGACAUCAGCGAAAAAGGAUUUCCUGAACGAAGCUAAUAGAAAUUUAACUCUAAAGAAUACUUUAAAGAAAAUUAAAAUCGAUCUUCAUAACAUGACAGCGAAUUUUCAAGAUCCGACUCAGUUGAAGCUUAGCGUUAAGGCACUCUUUCAAAAAUAUGUCGAGGACAUAGAUUUCGUACGAAGUCGCAUCGCAGAGGACGAAGCUAUAAGAGAAUUCAACAGACAACGCGAUCACCUCGAGAAGCAGGUGGCCGCGCUCAAAAUGCAGCUGUCCAAGUCUUUGGAUGGAUCGAAAAGCGAUAUUAGAAAGAUCAUGGAUGAAAACUGCACAUUAUUAUCAGAAAUAAACAAUCUGCGCACUGAACUUAAGUCCACGAGGACAAAAUGCUUUCAAAUGGAAUCGAUUCUUGGCCUCUCGGCGCGGUACAUUCCGCCCACCGCGGCGCGCGCGAAGCUCAAGCACGUCACUGAAGACCGACAACAUCUUGAUGAAAAGUAUAAACAGAAAAUUGAGGAAAGAGAAGAAAUAAUAGUUGCUCUUAAAGAAGAAAACGAACGUCUUCUCAGCAAGGCUCGUUGUGUCGAUGAAAAACAAAGCGGAGAUAAAGAACAUGAUUAUGAAAAAGCAGAAUAG